UCCUCUCUCUCUCUCUCUCUCAAAAGUGUGUGUAUGUGUGUGUGUCUGUGUGUGAGGUUUUUGUUUGUUUUGUUGCUUCAUGAGUGAAGAGAAGCCUUCACUUCUUGGUUUGUGUUGACAUAAAAUUUUGUUUUUGGUUUGCUUUGCUUUGCUUUGCCAAUUGCCAUUUUACUAAGAGUUUGAGAGUUGAGACUGAAGGGAGCAGGGAAAAGAAGGAAAAAAAUACAACAAGAAGGGAAAAAAAAAAUCAAACACAACAACAUGUUUGAUGGUGUACCAGCUGACCAAUUCCACCAAUUUUUAGCAGCUUCUUCAAGAACUUCACUUCCUAUUCCUCUUUCUUUCCCUCUUCAUCAUCAUGGGGUUUCAAUUCCAUCAUCUGCAGCAUCAGUGUCACUAGCAUCGCCACCACUGCCACCAACAUCAGCAACACCACCAGCACCAGCUUUUCUUGGUUGUUUUGAUCCAUACUCUUCUCCACUGACACUUGAUGUUCAAGUUCAACCCCACCACCACCACCAGCAAAGUGGGCUUCACCACCGAUUGCACCACCAAUCACCACCACCCACCUCCAAGAAUGGUGAGGAAAAGGAAGAAAGAGAGGGAUCAAUCUCAGCAGCAAUCCCACUUGAUCCCUGGUCCAAUGAUGAAGUUCUUGCACUGCUCAGAAUCAGAUCUAGCAUGGAAAAUUGGUUCCCUGAAAUCACUUGGGAACAUGUUUCAAGGAAGCUUACAGAGCUUGGGUAUCAUAGGAGUGCUGAAAAGUGCAAGGAGAAAUUCGAGGAAGAAAGCAGACAUUUCAACAGCAUGAAUUACAACAAAAACUACAGGUUUUUCAGUGAUCUUGACGAGCUUUAUAAUGAUGAAAAUCCACAGGUUUCAACAGAAAAGAGCCAAGAUUUGGUCAAAGAAAAGGAUAAACCAGAAGGAGACAACAAGAUGGACGCUAGUACACUGCAAGAAGAGGAGGACACAGGAAACACUGUAGCCGUUGCCAACCCUUCUGAUCAGGAAAAUGCAGAACUAGUGAAGGAAUCGACUAAAAGCAGGAAGAGAAAAAGGAACCAUAAGUUCGAGAUGUUCAAGGGUUUUUGUGAAGCAGUAGUGAAGAAGAUAGUUGAGCAACAAGAAGUGCUACACAACAAACUUAUUGAAGACAUGGUGAGAAGAGAUCGGGAAAGCAUCGCAAGAGAUGAAGCUUGGAAGUGUCAAGAAAUGGAUAGGAUCAACAAGGAAAUUGAGAUGAGGGCACAAGAACAGGCCAUUGCAUGUGAUAGACAAGGCAAGAUAAUUGAUCUCCUUAAGAAAUUCACAUCUGGUUCUGAGGCAGAUCAAAGCUUAGUAAGGAGAAUUGAAGAUCUUCUCAAGGUAACAAAUAGUUCAAAUUCUGUGACUUCGUCUUCUGAAAUUCUGCCCCCUAGCAGCCUCAAUAGUGACCAAACUAAACUCGAAGGAGUCACUUCAACAAGCAUGGCUAUUUCCCACCAUAACCCUACUUUGGUGCUCUCAAGAAACAAUCCAACUUCAUCUGGAGAAACCACCCCAUCACCUCACAACCAUUGCUCAACUCCACAAGCAACCUCCUCAGCUACACUACCCACGACAUCCCAAAACCCUAAUACCAAUUCUUAUAAAUACCAUGAGGACCCUUCACAGCCAAAUCCAUCUUUAGCACAAAAAUCAUCCCAGAAAAUGGUUUCUGCACCAAAUGAGAGGGGGGAGCGAAUCGCCGGUAAGCGAUGGCCUAGAGAUGAAGUCCAAGCAUUGAUAAACCUCAAGUGUCGUCUCACCAAUAACAGUACAUCUGAUGACAGCAUCAAGGAAGGUGCAAAGGGUCCCCUAUGGGAAAGAAUCUCACAAGGGAUGCUAGAGUUGGGGUACAAGAGAAGCUCCAAAAGGUGCAAAGAGAAAUGGGAGAAUAUAAACAAGUAUUUCAGGAAGACAAAAGAUAACAACAAGAAGAGGUCACUUGACUCCAGGACCUGUCCUUAUUUUCUCCAGCUUAGCACUUUGUACGGUCAAGGAACACUUGUGGCCCCUUCCAACCUGCCAGAAAACCGCCAGACUUCACCUGAAAACCACUAGCUAGGCUUUGCAUUGUUAGAUCAGAUAUGUUAGAAUUAAUGAGUGUGAAAUGUUGCUGAUAAUUGUAAGAGUGAUAACAAGCUUUGCCCGGAAUUUAGCUUAUUAUGUCCAGAAGAAGAAGAAGUUCAUACUUCUUAGGUUGAAACAUUUUGCAGUUCUUGGUAGCUAAAACGAUCAUUGUCCCCAAUGACAUUAUUUUAAUUGCCCUCUAAAUAAUGCUUAGGAGAAGACUACAUAUAAAUGUCAAUUUUUGGUGCA